AUGUCUUUCUGUGCCUGUGUCUUCUCCAAGCUCUUCUUCUGGCACCUCAUGUGGCUGUCGGUGAUGCAGCUGCGGCACUACCUCUUCAUCGGCACCCUCAACCCCAUGCUGGAGCACCUGGCUGCCGGCGACACCACGCUAGUAAGCACCUACACCAAUGCCUUCGCCUUCACCCAGCUCUGCGGGGUCCUGUGCGCCCCCUGGAAUGGGCUCAUCUUAGACCGGCACAAGCGUGGGAGGAGCAAGGAUGGCAGUGCCAAAGGUGGCUCGGACUCCCUGGCGGACCUGCACUCCUGCAUCCUGUCGCUGGCUGUGACGGUGCUGCAGUGUGUGGCCUUCUCGGUCUGUGCCUCUGUGCCGGUGCUGCCCGUGCAGUAUGCCACCUUCAUCCUGCAGGUGCUGAGCCGCUCCUUCCUGUACGGGGGCAACGCCGCCUUCCUGGCCAUCGCGUGA